AUGUUCACUUCAAGUUCAGAUUCAUCUAGGAGAAGCUCAUCAGAUCAAUCACAAUCUUCAACAUCGACUUUUUAUAAUCACUCACCUAUAUCAACGCAUCAUCCCACAUUCUCAGGUAUUCUGACUUCAAAUUCCAAAUCAGGUUCAAGCUCGAACACCCAUGCUCAUUCAAGGAAUUCAUCCAAACAAUUGAUCAUAUCCCAUAUGAGUAUGGAAAAAGAAGUUGAACUCGAUCCUGAAAAAGGUCAAACCCACUCACCAUCGUCACUACUAUCUCAACAACAACCACCACUCCCUUCACCUUCAUUGGAUCACGCAUAUCUACCCCUUCCUACGAUAAAGAAGAACGUUCAUAUUGGAUUGAGAAGAAGACGACUAUUAGCUCAAGCAUUAACGUUCCUCGGCAUAUUGACUAUAGUAGGAUGGUAUAUCCUCAAUGAACGCGAAGAAGGCUUGAUCAAUAAUGUGUUUGGACAAGGUUGGAAGAAUGGUAAACCGACAACGAAAUCAGAACAUCUACCAGGAGUCAUAAUAGGAUCUAAUGGGAAAAUCCAUUCCAACGGUGAACCAUCAGGUUCUGUAGAAACGGAUAAUAAAGAAUUAUCGUAUGGAGAAAAAAUGGCUGCUUUAGCACAUAUAAAUCCACCUGAAUGGGGAAUAUCAUUAUCUUCUGAAAAGAUAUUAGCUGGUCUAAGACGAUUUCCAGAAAAUCCUUCAAUAGACGAAACGAUCCCACCAUUAUCGUCUCUAGGUCAUUUCGCAGAUAACAUCUAUUCAAUAGGUCCUUUAACGAUGAAUGAUUAUAUGGCUCAGAUGAGAGAAUUCGCAAAUAUAGCUUUCCCAAAACCUCUCUCUGGAAAAUUGGUCGAUGGUUUGAAGAGAUAUUUAGAUGAUAAUAGUAAUGAAUCAGGUGUGCAAAAGCAAAAAGAAAGCUGGGAAACCAAUAAGAAAAUAUGGCAAACUGAUAAAGAUUCGAGAAGGGUAGAAAGUAACGAGGUCAAAAGUUGGAAAGAUGGUAAAGCGUCAGAUGAAGGUUGGGAAUGGGAGUUCUUGAAUGAUCAAGACGCCGAGCAAUACGUGAAUAAGAAAUUAGCGGCAAGUAGAUUUCAAGAAGUAUGGGAUAUAUUACCAAGUGGGAUCUUGCGCUCUGACACACUGCGGUACCUGUUGAUACUACUCGAAGGCGGCAUCUACUCCGAUGUCGAUACUACACUUCUCAGGCCUCCUUCAGCUUGGGGACGAGAUCCGAAACUCUAUCGUGAUGGAGCAGGGUGGUUAACGGAUUCACAAAUUGAACGUGUCAAAGGAGGAGAAAGUAUCGAUGAUAUCAUUGGAAGACCUAGUGUUGUGGUUGGAUUAGAAGCCGAUGUUGGAGACAGAGAAGAUUGGUUCGAUUGGUGGCCUAGACCUAUACAAAUUGUUCAAUGGACAAUCACUUCAGCACCUAAUCAUCCUAUAGCGUUAAAUGCGUUGUUACGUAUCCUGCACUCCACGGCCAAAGCUAUUGAUUGGAGUCAUUCAGUCGCUCAAUCGAUAAAAGUGUUGAAAGAUCAAGGGAGAUAUGAAGAUGCCAAAUCGCUUUCAGAAGUAAACGUACUGAACGAACCCAAGAACGGAGGUCCAGUCGGUGUGAUGGCUUGGACCGGUCCAGGAGUGUGGACAGACGCUGUUUUGAGUUAUCUACGGGUUAGGUUUGGACUCAUAUGGACUGAUUUGAAGGAUCUGAGAGAACCAUUGAGGGUCGGCGAUGUGUUGAUUCUUCCAGUCACUGGAUUUUCACCGGGUGUGGGUAAUUUUGGUGCACAGAUGAGUUCUCAUCCUCAAGCAAUGGUAGAACAUGGUUUCGCUGGAAGUUGGAAAAAUGAGGGUAAAAAUUAG